AUGCUGCUGCGCUCGCUCCCGUCGCAGUCCUCCUUCCGGCCUACAUGGAGCGCCGUCCACGCCGCCGGCCAGCUUCCGGCCAGAUGCAGAGGCACUGGUGCUGCUGGCCGGCUACUGCUCGCGCAUAGCAAAUUCUCGAAUCGCAUCGCCGCCGCCAACGAGGCCCGAUCGUUUGCGACCGAAUCCAAUCCAUCUACGAACCACAUCGAGAAUGCUGCUAUAGGAACUGAAAAAGGGAAUGGAGCUUUUGAGGGCACAACAGAGCAUGAAGGCCGAACUUUUGACGCCGUCGAAGUUGCAGAGAAAAAUGCGGGCGUGCGAAUAUGGAAGCACAUUUCCUUCAAGGAAAACACGCUCCCCGGGCCAAAAAAACUUGGGGGGGUCGUCAAGGGAAACACGCUCCGCGGGCGAAAAAAAACUGGGAGGUUCGUCAUGCGGUCUGUAUGGCUUCGGCUUGAACAGAGUAGCCAAGCCGACACUGAUGCUGGUGGUGCUGAGAAAAGCAGCGGAGCGUCCGAGGAAAUCGCGGAACAGGGAGGUCAGAGUUCCAAUGCCUCAAAUACUGCCGAGACAGAGAGGGACGCAUUGAUGAGGAAGUUCUCAAGGACAGGGCUGUUUUCUUCGCCGUCGCUGCCCCGUCGCGGACCGCGCCGUGGCAAGAAUACCACUGCUGCUCGGGGGAAGAAUGCGGUUCCUUCCAAAGUGUUCUAUGGAAAGGUGGGCAUGGAUACGCCGAAGUCGAGCUCCGUGCGCAGCGGCAGUAGGAAGGAGAGCGCAAGAAGAAAGAUGGAUGAACCGAGGGUAAUGGAUCGGCUGGAGAAGCUUGUGCGGAUGGAGUCGUUAUUCCGGUCAGAUGCAGCACAGGCUGGUGGGAUGCGAAUCGGUGCCAUUACGAGGGAUACCAUCAUGGAUGACGAUUCAUGGCAGCGUCUAAAGCAAGAAGUGGGAAAGAUUGCUCAAGAAAAAGCUGAGCCUCUCGAUGGAGCUCAGGCGAAAGAACACGAAUGCCACGAGAACCAGGAGAUGGGUGACGAGAACUCUCGGAAGGACGAGGAUGCAACGUUUAAUCCGGGAGGAAAGAAAAAAAGAAAGAGUAAAGCAGAUCCGGCUAGAGUACAGAGCAUGGAAACAAAGAUCAGUCGGAACUCGAAGACCAUCCACAGCCAAGCAGGUACCGACAGGAUGUUCACCAUGAUCCCAGAACUCUCCAGGAGCAACGACUCCAGGAACUCGAGGCUCUGCUCAUGGACGCAUCUCAACGACUGA